GAAAAGAUUCAUUUUCUCCCGAAUCUGAAAUCCGUGCGUGAAAAGUGCUCUGCCGUCGUACACGAAAUGCCAAAUUGCAGUGACCUGAGCGGUUGUUGAAAGUGAGUCGACAAUUUUCCCCCUUUUUGGGCAUAGUCUCGCACGUCAUACUUCGGAAUGUGAGUGACAGUGAUUCAUUCUUCACUGAGGCGUCGACAGAACUAAACUUAUUUUCCCAUUGCUUUCGUUUGUCAAUUUCUGGAAAAAUGGAUCAACCAGAGCCAAAAGACGUACAUCUUUACAUUUAUGAUUUAACGAAAGGCCUUGCUCGUCAGCUAUCCCUAGCAUUACUGAAUAAACAAAUUGAUGGAAUAUGGCAUACAGGGAUUGUGGUCUACGGCAGAGAGUAUUUCUUUGGCGGUGGAGGAAUAGAAAGUUGCAGGCCGUGUGGAACCAUCCUAGGACAGCCGACACAGGUGCACAAGAUUGGAUCCACACAAGUCUCCUACUCGCUCUUCUUGGAAUAUCUCGGAGAGAUGGGCAUGUCUGCAUUCAGUGGAGAUACAUACAACCUGAUUAACCACAAUUGCAAUAACUUCAGCAACGAGGUGGCCCAGUUCCUAACAGGCAACUCUAUCCCAGCACACAUCACCGAUUUACCACAGGAAGUACUCAACACACCCAUAGGUCAAGCGAUGAAGCCUCUCAUCGAUGCUCUCGCCUACAAUCCUACGGGCAACCGCCCUGACUCAGAGGGGGGUCCAUCUGUCUACGAUGCCCAAGCCAGCGGGGCAGGUGGCAAACCGCUGCCGGCCACUCAAACUGCUUCAACUUCUACUAGCACUAAAGAAUCGACAGAAAAGUCUGAAGAAGCCAGUAAACCCAAAAAAGCACCUGAAGCGACCUAUAACGAGGAAGAGGAAGAAGACAACGACCUCUUCCUAAAGAAGUUGAGGGAGCGAAGGCAAUCAAGAUCAAUCACAAGGCUUUGCCUCUUCAGAGAUGGUGAUCCAGCAGCAUUCACAGACAGCAUCAAACAGCACCUUCCUCAGAGCCUCCUUACUGCGGAUGAGAUGAUGAUCUUAGACCAGAUGAAAGAUGCCUUCCAAGCGCCUAGCGACAGUCUCCUAGACGAUGACUGGGAUAAAACUCUACCUCCUGUCAAACCAGACUACUUCCUGGUCAUAGGAAAGCUACUUGGUAGGACGGACCUACCCCCUGUGGUGCUGGUCCCACUACUCCAGCUCCUCCAGCUGGCCUUCCUCAGGGAGGACGUCAUUGGUCUCCUCUGCACCAACGAGGACAGGACCAUCAUAGACUUUGUGAGCAGGGCAGAGGGGCAGCCGCAGAAGGUCCAGGUCGAGAUCAUUCACUUGCUUUGUAACAUGUGUGCCAGCAGUCAAGGAUACGCCUGGGUCAUCUCGGAGAAAGAAUGGAAAGCGCCCUCUGCCAACGGUUCCUCUACGUCUAAUAUGAAGAUUAUCAAGGCCAUCGUUAUAGCCAUGCUGUUGAGUGGAUCUGAUCAGCUGUGCGAGGCAGCCGCUUCUCUCGUCUUCAACUUCACAAGACACAAGCUUGUAGAUGACAACGCAGUUGAUUUCGGAAGUGCUUUGCUGCAGGUACUAUCCACAGGGGAGUUUUCAGAGCCAACAGUUUACUACGGCAUAGGCUCCCUCUAUGGUUUGAUGGGGAACGUGGAGGUGCUUUGUCUUGCCAACGUGAUGGGGUUCAACACGGACAAGUGGGUGGGGCUCUCGGACAGGAUCAAUCAGAUUAUCUAUGACAUGUGUCUUCUCCUAGAAGAAAAGUAGUCAGGUACAUUACUCAUGUCCCUUUAACCUGAAGUCAAACCUGUCUUUUAAAGGCAUCGUUUAACAAUGUUAAAUCUGAGAUGCACGGCCCUAAGUGUUAUCAGUGUCUGUGAUAUGGUGUAAUAUUGAAGCCCUAAAAAUUGCGCUUCAAAUAAUCAUGAAGUGCCUCAAAACGUUAAAAUCUUUGAGUUACCGGUUUUACCAUACUCAUUUUUCCCAAAAGACGGUUAGUGUUUUAAAAACUGUUAGAAAAACGAAUGCUGAAAUUUUUAAUUCCAAUCAUAGAUAUCUUGAUAAUCAGACAGGCGAUGGGCUUGUAAAAGUCAGUGGAUUCAUGUAUGACCUAAAGGUUAAUAAUUAUGACUGCAGCAUGAGCUAAAUCCAGGAUUUUGUUUUAGAAUCUGAGGCAAAGUUACCCAGUCCAUUUAAUAGCUGCCACCUGUCAAUAAUGGUCACCCAUACUGCAUCCCUCUCAAAAAAAAUGUGUGCUGUAAAACCUGAUAACAAAAUUAAACUGAUUGACUCUUUGUGUAGCACAAAACGUACAACCAUUCGGUAAAAGGGUCUGAAAAUCAGACUUUUACUUAGGUGAUUGCAAUCACUUACAUGAAAGUUGAUUCAACAACUAAUGGUCGUUAUUUUCCCACUUAAAGUCGUUUGCAAGCCCUUUCGUUUUGAGAGAAGUUGUAAAUUGGUAUUGUCUUUCAAAUGCCGUUAGAAUUUAACCUUUUCAUUUUCUGGGCCUGCAAAUGGGACAUAGUACCUUUAAUUAAGAGGAGCUUUCAGUUGGUAUUAUCUUUUGUUUACCAUAGGAUUUACAUAAUUUUUGUAUUUUUAGCCUGCAAAAGGGACAGACUACCUUUAAUAGACAGGUUUGACUGUAUUUACACAUACUGUACAUGAUGAAUGUCAAAGCUGUAUCCCUCCUUAAAGCAUAUGUUAUAAUAUACAUUAAUAUGUGAUAUACUAUCUUCAGGGGGGGGGUCCAUUUAUCUGUGAAGCAGGGGGGAGCAAAAUUGUUAAUCAAAGGUUUACGCUGCAUAGGAUAAAUAAUUAUUAAUUCCAAAAUUAAAUUGUGUGUGUGUUUGGGGGGGGGGGGGGGCAAGUGUUCAUUUGGAAUAAGAAUAAGCCCAGUUUAGGGGUACUGGAACAGAUGAUUACCUUAUACAUUUUUUCACAAGGAAUAUGCUUCAAUGCUGAAUUAUCAUAGUGAACACACAAAUUGUAAGUUUUACUCAUGAAAAUCAUGUAAACUGGAUGUGUGUUUUUUUUAUUUUAAUGUUGCACUGUAGAACCCAUUUUGUAUUUCUAACUGGUUACCGGUAAUGAUAAAACAUCAAUUUUUCCAUAGAUUAAAAUGAAAUGUAUUUGUAAAACUUUCAAUGUAAAACAGACAAUGUAUGAAAACUGCUGAAUUGAUUUUAAAGGAAAUCAACAAUACACUGUAUUCAUGCAUGUCUUUGAGCAAUACUAGUACAGUUUGUAUUUACAGAAAUGUGAGGAUAUUUGGGUGGCACAGGCCAACACCAAGUUUUCCACUUAAUAAUAAUAAUAAUAAUAGUGGAUUCUUAUAAAGCGCUCAUAUCUGUCAGACUUGACAAUCCUGAUGCUCCGCAAUCAUUACCCCAGCCUUAGCAUGGCUGCUAUUACGGCUCUCUAGUAUUUCAAGAAAUAAAUUCCUGCCAGGUACCCAUUUACCUCACCUGGGUCAAGUGUGGCAAAUGUACAUGUAGAUUGAUGUCUUGCCAAACGUCAGCUUCUACUUGUACAUGGCUCGAUGCUUUUCAGUAUGUGUACCGCAGAUAGCUACAGUGUAUCAGGAAGCUUUUUGAAUAAUAUUUAAACUUUUUGCUGCUUUCGAUAAUCCAUCGUAAGCAUGUGUCAGGAUUUUUUUGUCUACAGCAUAGGAAGAAGGAAAGAGGAAGAACCCAUGCAAAUGGAAUGGAAUAUGUUAUUUAUUUUCUUGAAAAUGGGUACAAUUAUGGGAAGAAAGAGUUACCAGUAGACAAAGUUUUUCUGAAGAUAAAGAAAGACUACUGUAACUAAAGCUAACAUUUCUGAACAUAUUCAUAUGACAGACAGUUGGUUUUAAACAGGAUUAUAAUUCUCCUAUUUUCUAUUUCCAGAAGUAUUAUUAUGAAGACUGCUGUAUUCAUGGUGAACGUUUUUUAUUUUUUCCCUGAUUUGGUUUAUGAACCAAGAAAAUCUUGCAGAUUGCGAUUUUGUAUUGUGUUUCUGUUACAAUUAUGUCAUAAAUCGAUGAUCUACGCAUAGAUAGAGAUUUGGGAAUGACUCUAAAGGGACGGUGCAUCAUGAUUUUCUAAAUGUGUUUGAAUUUGUUUUGCCUACAUUCUAGCAAUACUUAAGCAAUUCAAGCUAUAAGCAAUUUUUUAUGUGCAUGAAUUUUUAAGUUCAUGCA